GCGACGCCCGGCGGCCUGUGGUCCUCCAAGCCGUUGGCCAUGGAAGCCGUGCGAAGGCCUGCCAGGGUGACGCCGCCGGGGCCCACAGUAUGCAGAUCAGGGGGGAGCUCGGGCGGAGGUUCGAACGGUCUGGGCCCUGAUCUCCAGAGAAGUGCCCGGGCGACUUGGGGCGGCAUGUGGUUCAACCACAGACAGCAAGCAGCGGCGCCCUGCUGA